GGGUUAUUCCUCAUCAGCAUUUCUGAAUUACAGCGACUCGACGCGUCUUCAGGCUGGAUCAAGGCAUUAGAGGUGAAACUGCAUGCUUUUCUAACCGGAAGCUGGUAGACAAGGAGUUCAAAGGAGGGGACUUCCUCGCAGCUCUACCAUAAUGUCCCAACCACCGUUUUUACUGGUUCCACAAAGUAAUCCGAUACCAGACGGACAGGGUCAACGAUCGCUGCCGUCUUUCCCUGUACCUUCAUAUUCAGGUGCCACAUCAUCGCUGGGUCAGGCUGGACAAAGCGGACAAUCAGGACGAACAGCUGUCAAACCCACACACCCGUCUUCGGCCGUCUUCACUGCCCCUGCGCAUAGGCAUGCCCAUCAUCUCCAUACGAUACCACCUAGAGAAAAAUCCACUCGCACUUUGAUCAUCGACCAUAUUCUGUGGGUUCAUGCUCGUACUCGGUUCGCACAAGCACGGGCCGAACUCGGAAUGACAGACCGAUCAGGUGGGCCGGAUUCGAUCCAUUACGUGCACCGUGAGAGACCCGAAAAUUACGAUGAGGAGGAAGAGGCCGAGAGCGAUGGAGAAAGCAUCGAAGUGCUCUUCACCAAGAAGAAGGGGCCUCCUACCCCGCCUCCCGUCAUCGAUCCGAUUCUUAUUGGUGGAGGUACUCUUGGGAUGGCCUUCGGCGUUCCUCAGUCGCGGACCGAGCGAGAGGAGGAGGAGGAACGCGAGAGGCGCAAGCAAAAACAGGACCUACGGCUUGCCAAAUCUCUCAAAUUGCGAGCUGAAGGGUUAGAAAAGACUGUGACAUCAAUGCUCGAUCAGCCGCCGCCAGUUCAUCCGUUCCCGGACGACUUAAUGACAGCCAAGCCAUCUCGUUCUCGUAUCCCGCACCCUCAUACUCUACCUAAUGGAGUGAGGCUGAGGCUCGCUUUGGCUACGCUCUAUAACGACCUUUUCUCACGUGGUAGACCGCCACCUGCCGCUGCUAAUGGAAUGCCGGAUGGUCUACCAUAUGUACUGGGACCGCUGUCUCGCGUCUCGUCGGUAGUUACGAAUUCGGCAACGACAAAUGGUGGCAUAGUGUUUGCCAAACUCUGGUCAGACACCCAGACCUCAUAUGAAGCUCCGCGUGCGUCCUCGAUGGAACCCGACCAUCGAGCAAUGUCUCUGUACGCCACGGGCGCGCGUCCUCGCUUCACCAACACGACGUACACAUACCCUCCUCCUUCCACCCGAUGCUCGCGUCAUCUCUACUCCGGCUGUCACAUUUGCUUGGAGCUUACGACGCGCCCGGCCACAACGCGCUUUGGUUUCGCUCCAGGGCUAAGUUGCAGUCUAGUAAGAGCUGAAUGGAAAGGUAAAUAUCGGGUGAAAAAUGGUGUUGGCAUGACGGACCUGGAGAAAGAGGAAAGCCUAGCCGAGGUUGUCGUGCGUUUUAUAAGGCUCUCAGCUUUGGUAGCCAUGGAGCUCGCGAGGGAGGUAGGGCACAUUGGCGUCGAUGAGGAAGAGAGUGGUGACGAGGGAGAGGAUGGUGAGGGGCAAGGACAACCAGAGCAGAGCAAGAGCCCUGAAGGUGGUUCGGAGCCCACCCCAUCCAGUAACCGAGGAACGUACGCCAGUUCGCCGUUUAUUGUGACUCAAUACACCGUCCCCGCCCCAGCGCUGAAUAACAGGGUGCCUCCAUCAAGCGCUUCGAAUGCCUCUUCGUCGUCGCCGCGGGUUCCUGCGCUUCAGCCUACACGAGAGUGGUAUAUGUUGCUUGUAGGGCUAUUAACUCGCGCCGCAUUGGAGGGAUACCUAGUGGGUGGCUGGGAAGGUUAUAAAGCUGUGGAGUGCCUGUUCGGCGUUGGCUUGGGACUCUCACAGAACCAAGUUAACGGGAACGGGCACAUCGUCAAAGAUCCCAAGGAGGAUGAAGAGGAGGAGGAUGAAGAGCUUAUGAAAUUUGAUCCGGAUGAUCUGCCGGAGCUUGUGGACGCUGCGAAGAUCCUGUUUCCGUCGUUGAAGCAUAAGGAUGCCCAAGGAAGAUCCCAUCCUGAAGGUGCCGAGAAGGAGUAUCACAACGAGAUGAAGGAAAGGCAGAAGAAGUUCUUUGACAUUCCAGAGGAUGUGGUCGAUCUUUCCAGUCACCUUGAGGAGCUGGCUUCCAUCUAUCCAGCGGAGCCUGUGGAGAGAGCCGCUCUAAGGUACUACGAAGCCAUAGCCAAAUGGAGAGGAAAGCCGGAGCUGGAAACGUAUAAGAAACGGCCUCCGAGAACGUGGACGAAUCCCGAAGCGUCGCCACGCUCGGUCAUGGAAUCCUUUCUACGCUCGAAUCCCACGAGUCCCGCUUCCGUAAACAAUGACAAUUCUACCAAGUCGCGGAAGCAGCCCAUCGAGCGAUACUUCACUUCACCGACCGUGGGGGGUAGACGAAAAAGGGGGCGAUCUCGCUCGCCGUUAGCUGAUGGUGUCAGUGGGUUCGGGAAGCGGGGCAGGCUCGACGGGUUUUCGCUGGGUGGCAUGUCGUCGUUCCUUGCUUGAUCUAAUGCUCUCGUCUCCAUAACUUAUUACUCCGCCGGAUACUGUGUAUUAUAGUGUAUUGCAUCGGCAUGAAU